AGAGAAAAUUUUUGUAGCUGUCGCUUUCCCCGCCACACUGAAACGCUCUCUCUCUCUCUCGUCAUUUCUCCGUAUUCAAUUCCCGUCUUAUGCUUCGGUUCACGAUAAUGCUUGCUUGAUAUUUUCUUCCAUAAGAACGGUUUCUAGGUGAACUUAGGGUUUCUCAAAUUUGGUUUUGUUGGUUCUGUAGUUUAAUGGAGAGUGAUCGAUCUGUUGCAGAAGGUCUCUAAUUCGGGUGGUGGUUUGAAUUUGAUUGGUUUGUUCUGCAUUUGCUAUUGGUUUUUAUCGUAGUAGCUAUGUUGCCUGAUCGUUCUGAGUUCGGUGGCCAUUCAGGGGAAGAGAGAGGCGGAGAUAAAUAGUGGGAGAAGUAAUAGGGAGAAGGAAAGGAAAAACUUCGUUUCCUGUUGAUGUUUUAGCUUCGAAUUGCUCCCCAGGUUCUAUGGAAUUUGACUCUUAUCUAUGGAAGCAUCUUAUUCUUAGUUUUUCAUUUUGUUCCUGUACUGCUGCUAGGAGGAAUUGGAGACAGCUGUUGCAGUUCCACAUUUUAGUUUGUUAAUGAUGUUUAUCAUAUACUUGGCAAGGAGUUCAUUCAUUGAUACUGUUUAGCUGGGGAAGAUUUGCCUUGAAACCAUGUAUUCUCUUCAGUUAUUUCAGCUAACUGAGAAUGGUCGAAAUCUGUUGUCAUCGAGGAGGAGAACCCUGGCCGUAGCCACUAGUAUCUUAGUAGCUGGUGGAACAUCAGCAUACAUGCACUCACGAUUGCGCAGUAGAAGUGGAAAGCCUGGCUGUUCUGAUCGUUAUUCUGAACCUGCUAUUGAUAAGGAAAAAUCAAGUAAGGUCGAUGUAAAUGAUACAGUUGUGAAGAAAACUAGGCUAAAGAAAGGAGGUCUGCACUCACUUAAAGUUCUAGCUGAAAUCCUACUUUCUCAAAUGGGCCAAAGGGGUGCAAGCGACCUUCUAACUCUAGUAGCUAUUGUGGCAUUACGGACUGCUUUGAGCAAUAGAUUGGCAAAAGUGCAAGGGUUCCUAUUCCGUGCUGCUUUUCUUCGACGAAUUCCUUCCUUUUUACGUCUGAUCAUUGAAAACAUUAUCUUAUGUUUCCUUCGAUCAGCCUUGUCUUCUACCUUGAAGUACAUAACAGGAACACUAAGUUUACGGUUCAGAAAAAUACUGACUGUGCUUAUUCAUGCUCAUUACUUUGAGAAUAUGGCAUACUACAAAAUAUCACAUGUUGAUGGUCAAGUAACCAAUCCUGAACAACGAAUUGCUAGUGAUAUACCAAGGUUCUGUUCAGAAUUGAGUGAUCUCGUAAAGGAGGAUCUGACAGCGGUUACUGAUGGUUUGCUUUAUACGUGGCGUCUGUGUUCUUAUGCAAGCCCAAAAUAUGUUUUCUGGAUAUUGGCUUAUGUAACAGGUGUGGGGAUUGUCAUUGGAAACUUCUCUCCUGCAUUUGGAAAACUGAUGUCGGAAGAGCAACAGUUGGAAGGUGAGUAUCGAAAGCUUCAUUCACGGUUGAGGACUCAUGCAGAAAGCAUAUCAUUUUACGGUGGAGAGAAUAUAGAGGAAUCUCAUAUUCAACAGAAAUUCAAGACUCUUGUUAGGCACAUGAAGCUUGUUCUUCAUAACCAUUGGUGGUUUGGCAUGAUUCAAGACUUCCUGUUGAAGUAUCUUGGUGCUACAGUAUCAGUUUUCCUUAUCAUUGAGCCCUUUUUUUCUGGCAACCUAAGGCCUGAUACUUCAACUUUAGGACGGGCAGAGAUGCUUAGCAAUCUAAGAUAUCAUACAAGUGUGAUAACAUCCUUGUUUCAGGCCCUUGGAACUCUUUCUAUAAGUUCAAGAAAGCUAAAUCGUCUCAGUGGUUAUGCUGACCGCAUUCAUGAACUAAUGGACAUUUCGAGAGAACUGAGCACUGUUGAUAAAUUUUCUGUUCAAGGAAAUGGAAGUGAGAAUUAUUUUAGUGAAGCGAACUAUAUUGAGUUCACUAAUGUCAAGAUUGUUACACCCACAGAUAAUGUCCUUGUGGAGGAUUUGACUCUUAGAAUUGAAUCAGGCACUAAUCUUUUGAUUACAGGUCCAAAUGGUAGUGGAAAAAGUUCUCUUUUCCGUGUUCUAGGAGGUCUUUGGCCACUAGUAUCUGGCUACAUUUUAAAACCUGGGGUUGGUUCUGAUCUCAAUAAGGAAAUUUUCUAUGUUCCACAAAGACCUUAUACAGCUGUAGGAACACUUCGCGACCAGUUAAUUUAUCCUCUUACAGCGGAUGAAGAGAUUGUACCACUUACACAUAGUGGAAUCGUUGAGCUGUUGAAAAAUGUUGAUCUUGAGUACCUAUUGGAUCGUUAUCCACCAGAGGAGGAGAUAAACUGGGGUGAUGAACUCUCUCUUGGAGAACAACAAAGGCUGGGAAUGGCUAGACUUUUCUACCAUAAACCUAAGUUUGCUAUUCUCGAUGAGUGCACCAGUGCUGUGACAACUGACUUGGAGGAAAGGUUCUGUGCCAAAGUUCGAGCAAUGGGGACAUCAUGUAUUUCUAUAUCGCAUCGUCCUGCCCUUGCUGCAUUUCAUGACAUGGUUUUAUCCCUGAAUGGGGAAGGAGGAUGGACUGUUUAUCACAAGAGGGAGGAUUCUUCUCUGCCUAUAGAAGCUGGGUUGGAGAAAACAAAGUCAUUCGAAAGAGACCGCCAAAGUGAUGCAAUGGCCGUUCAGCGAGCUUUUGCUACCACUAGGGAGGGCACUGCAUUCUCAAAUUCCGAAGUACAAUCAUAUGUUGCAGAGGUGGUAGCAAUGUCUCCUACUGCAGAUCAUAAAGAGUCAUUGCCUGUUGUUCCGCAAUUGCAAAUGACUCCAAGGGCAUUACCGCUAAGAGUAUCAGCUAUGCUUAAAGUACUGGUACCAACACUGCUUGAUAAACAGGGGGCACAACUGUUUUUUGUAGCUUUACUUGUCAUGUCAAGGACAUGGAUCUCAGAUCGCAUUGCUUCUUUGAAUGGGACUAGUGUGAAGUUUGUUUUGGAGCAGGAUAAAGCAGCUUUUAUUCGUUUAACUGGUGUUAGUGUUCUUCAAAGUGCUGCAUCCUCUAUUGUAGCACCUUCUUUGAGGUAA